UCCUGGAAGAAACCGUCCGAGAAAACUGGGGUAGGUUGUUAAUCGUGCCCAUUUUCAUGAGGCAUACUCGCGGUGAAUAUAGUAACCACACGGGUGUUAUUUUGGCUCCCACUUUAUCAAGGCUUCUGAUGUCACUGAUUCUUCGUUGGCUUACGGCAGCACGCGAAUCUUUGACCCCAAAGAAUCAAGCGGGAUUUCUAAAGGGCAGAGGCUUCGAGGAUAUGUCCACACUCCGUAAGAUAUUAAAGCAAUGCGGUAUUCCCGAAAACGAAGUCCUCGAAGUAGAAGAUCCGCUGCUGGGAGAAAUUCCGCGUGAACCGGUAGUUGACGAGCCACCGAUACCUGAAGGCUUGGGUCUGAACUCAGACUCCGACGACAUCGACGUGACUUCGGAUCUGGAAGAUAAUUUUGUCGAACUCGCAGGAGGAUCUGCAGUAAAAGAUAAAAAGAGUGGCGAUGAAGCGUCCGAAGAAGAAGACGAACAGCCGGAGAACCUCCCAGCAUUGACUGAUAUGUUUCCACAAAACAAAGUCAUAAUGAUGGAGCGAUUCUUGUACGGUGCUAAUGAAAGGCACCGUAACAGUGGGUCGGAUUCCAGUGGCGAUGAUGAAGCAUUUGGAAAUCCGGAUGACGCGACCGUGCUAAACCGGCAAUUUGAAAAGCUUCUACUCCGCUAUAGGAGUCGCGGCGGUUCAGCCAGUCAGUCGCAGGUGACGGGAACUUCAUUGAUGAGCGAAGGUUUGCAGUAUGCUCUUAGUCGAGACACCAGGACACUGCAUCAUCAGCACAAAAAACUGGACGAAGUGGAAGUCCUAGAUGAUGAAGUACGCCAGAAAACGAUUUGUCGAAACAACCAGCUUCAAGAGAACAUCCCACAGCUUACAAGUUCCGACGAAUCCGAUGACAAAGUCUCUGGAACACCGCCAGACAUUAUGUCGGUGCAAAGCGACCGCACUUCCAUAAAACCAAACUUCAACCAACUGGCGAUGCCGGUCAGUGCCAGAAAAUCCCAGACAUGUAACAGACAACCAAACAUUGGUGACAUGACCUCCUAUGAUCCUUACCCUGUUCCUCAUCUUGAUCCAACAGUCCUGACUAGAAAGAAAGACGAAUCGCGGCAGGAGAAACAUUUGCGAAAGUUGGCAGUCAAGCAACAUCGAAGGGAACGUCGCAAAGUAAGAAAAGCAAAUCAACAAAAUUUCCAUGCGGAACACGAACAGCGGUUGAAAACAAAUGCACGAAUGGUGACCAUAAAAUGAUCAGAAAUAUAUGUUUUCGUCCUCAUUGUCUGCAAGUAACCUUGACACAUAUGAUUUGAAGUUUUGAUUUGUUUUCGCACUGGAAUAAAAUUCUUG